AUGGAACAAGAUUCGUCAAACAAACUCGAUGUUGUUUCAAUGGUCAUUUGGUUAUCUACCGGCAAUGGUAAAUUUUUUGAAUUACAUGGUUCUCGUGAAAUAAUCAGACAAGUUUUACCUAAAUCAUCGGAGACUGCUUUUCGUUGGGGUUAUUAUAAUUCACCGGCUGAUCCUGAUCGACAAUCCUAUACUCAAGUACUUGAAGCUUUCCUUCAAGCAGGUUUUCAUAUUGAAGGUUCAUCAGGUGCAGGUACACAAGGUCUUCUUCGCACGCAAUAUAUUCUUGUCAAACGUAGUUCUUGA